AUGAAUGCAAAAAUUAAAGAAGCAUUACUGAUUGAAAGACUCAAGCGCUAUGAAGUUCCUAAACUUCAGGGGCCUGAGGUGAAACCACAUAACCUAACUGGUGAGGAACGGUUCUACAUGAAGAAGAUGGCCCAGAAAGGGUCUAACUAUGUACCAGUUGGCAGAAGAGGCAUAUUUGGUGGUGUAAUACUGAAUAUGCAUAUGCAUUGGAAGAAACAUGAAACGGUUAAGGUCAUCUGCAAGCCUUGUAAACCUGGUCAAGUACAUGAGUAUGCAAAUGAAAUUGCCAGAUUAAGUGGUGGAAUCCCAAUCCAGAUGAUCGGAGAUGACACUAUAAUCUUCUAUCGAGGAAAGAAUUAUGUGCAGCCAGAAGUUAUGUCGCCAAUUGAUACAUUGUCCAAGAAAAGGGCACUGGAAAAAUCGAAGUAUGAGCAAUCAUUGGAGUCUGUGAGGCGCUUCAUUGCCAUUGCUGAGAAGGAACUUGAACUAUAUUACAGGCACAUAGCACUUUAUGGUGAUCCAAAUAAUCGGAAUCCUAACUCGAUACUCGGCAGCCCAAGAAAAGGCUCUGAUAAGCCAAAGAAAGUGGAGACUGCUGCGGAAGAGACACUAGAUUCAACUCUGGAUGGAGUUUCCCCACUUCUUUCAGAUGGAGAAACUGAAUACACGGACGAAGAACUAUCAGCAGCAGAAUACGAUUCCAAUGACGAAGAAUUGUCUGUAAGGGAAUCAAAUUAUGAGGAUGAUCAGAGCGAAGAUGAAAGAGAAGAAAGCUCUUCAAGCAUGCAAGAGAACUUUACUAUGCUGGGUUCACCAUCCGUCUGUGGAAGUGGAGAGGAUUUUGACAAUCAGGAAAUUGAGUGA